AUGUCCAACUCGGCCUCCGACUUUAAGAUCAUACCUACUUCCUCGGCUGAGAUGUCUACGCAAAAUUCCAAUUCAAAUGUCGACCCCAACAGUGGAUAUGCGCCCAAUGACAACCAUUUAGCAGGCUUGGUGGAAGCCGCAACGGCCGCGGCGGACCAUGAUGUGAACGAGUGGGCAGCGGUAGCACAGGCGGCUGCCACUGCAGACGCAGCAUCGAAUCAAUUAGAUGGGUACAGCACAGAUAUGCACCUCGGCGACGACACCUUCAGUGAUGCACACUUUGGCUCUGGAAUGGGAGGAGGAAGACAUUUACGAGUUCCGAACGACCACUCGCAAUCGUCUGGUCUCAGCCGCACCGUCUCAAAGAAGAGGAAGCGAAAUGACGACAACCUAGAUCCUCAGCUGGCAGGAGCGGGUCUCGGUAGUGCACACCAACACUAUCAACCUCAGCCUACCCAACAUGGACACUCCGGUGACAGCAUGAGCAUUAGAUCCGUGCCCCCGCAGUCCCUGUCCGACGCGCGCGCUGUCGGUGUACACUCUGCUGCUGCGCUUUUCCGCCAACCAUCGACCAACAAAAAGCAGACCCGACCUCCAAUGUCGAAGCUCUUCUCAUCCCUUGAACUAUCGCCGGAAAACUUCCUUCAUCUUCAGGCCGCAGCCAAGUCCUACAUGCUGGAUGAUAAUCACCCAGAGCGACGCGACUGUGUGGGCCAAAGAGGAAAAGGAGAUACUGAGAUGGUCAAAUUGCGCCUGUGGAAUUGCGCAAGAACCUUUUUGGAUAGCGAGGGUAAUGGAGAUCGACUCUUUGGGGAAAAUGUUGUCAAUGAGGGCAUGGGCCCGAGAACAUACAUAUGGCCACGCGAUUCUCAGAAGAUCAUCUCACUGGUCAUUCCUUUAUUAAGAAGAAUGGUCACGAAUGAACGACAACGCCAGUACGCCAUUGAGACCCGUAAAGGAGGUGGCCCCGAUGAACGCCGCCGUCGGAAAACGGAUGAAAGCUUCGCUGAGCUAGGCGGCCCACGAUAUUCUCCCGAGCAACAGCUUCAGAUGCACGGCCAGGAUCACCGCACAGAGAGCUUGAGUGAAUCAAUGCCUCCGCCUCCCCCGAUCUCAGCACCGCAACCUCCUCCUAUUGACCCUGGCCAGCCAGUCGAAAUUGGACUGACUGACCUUUUGAUGGAUGGGUACACUGUUGACUGGAACGAAAUCGCCAGAAUCUAUGACAUGUACAACCAAGACUAUGAGCUGGAUAGUCUUUGGUCUGUCUCUGGCCUCCAACAGCCUGAUUGGCGUGGGUUGGUUGCUGCGGUUGAUAGCCAUUACUAUGUCGUUCACAAUGGUCACUACGAGUGCCCGUCCAUGUGCGAGGACGAAAACAUCAAUCGCAUCAUUCACUCAAAUACUGCAUCGGAUCUAUCCUGGCGGAUUGGCGGAGGUCGCAAUCUGCCAGCCCGAGAUGAGUUUGCAAGCAGUAUCACGCGCGAUGUAUCGAGAAUCAUCCGAGAGAACCUUGCCUCCCGGGAAGGCGCUCACAACCCUCCGCCAGGGCAAGACCAUCACUUCCCCUCGCACACCCAGCCAGCUACCAACACAUCAUCCGCUCCCACAAAUAACCCCUGUACGCAAGCCCAACCCCAAACAUACCUCCGAAUCAACAUGCUCCAACAAGGGAAGCGUAUAUUACCCCGCCUCGACCUUCCCGCCGGCCAAUGUCCAGACGUUGAAGCGUUCAAGCAUACCAUUCUCCGCCGCUAUCCGAGCCUAAAUGGAGACAACACCGAUCAUAACAGCCAACAAGUCAGAGAAACGCACGCUUCGUGGAAAGUCAAAGCAUGGCUACCACAGGGCCUACUCCAUAUCCAAACUGAUAAAGAGUGGACCAUCGCUCUUCUCACAGCCGAGACUACGGAAUGGAUGGACGGCGAUUUGAAGGUCUUGGUGGAGAUCGAGGGCAAUGCCCAGCACUAG